CGAGCAGUCCGCUCUCUGGGCAGCACGGACAUGUUUUGGUGAAACACACAACAAUCUUGUCGGGCUCGAAGUUGAGUCCUUGUCCGACAUGUGUAUGUCAAGUCGUAACUCGAUUGCCCAUUCAGACCUGCUGUAUGUGUGCUAUAGAAGGCAGAUUCCUUUGAGAUCCUUCUAGUUAUUUCUGAAUCAUGAGUGGCUCAAAGCCCGACAUCCUGUGGUCUCCUCACCACCCCGACCGCUAUGUCAUCUGCGACUCCGAGCUGGGACUCUAUCGCAUUGGACCUGUGGGCAGCGCAGAAACCAAAGCGGGCACCCUCCCGCUCUCUGAGGAAACUGCUGCUACUUUACUUGCCAUUAACUCUGACACGCCUUACAUGAAAUGUGUGGCCUGGUACCCAAAACACGAGCCUGAGUGUUUACUGGCUGUGGGCCAGGCCAACGGCAGAGUGGUGCUCACCAGCUUGGGCCAGAGCCACAACUCCACAUGUAAGGAGCUAGUGGGGAAAGAGUUUGUCCCUAAGCACGCCCGCCAGUGUAACACGUUAGCCUGGAAUCCAGUGGAUAGCAACUUGCUGGCUGCUGGGCUGGACAAGCACAGAGCAGACUUCUCUGUUCUCAUAUGGGACAUCAGCAGUAAGUUUUCCCCUGAGGUCAGUGUAGGUGCUGAGAAGAUUCGUCUCUCCUCUGUGGAUUUUGACUCAAGCACAGUAGUGACCAAACCCCUCUAUGAGCUGGGCCAGAAUGAUGCUUGCCUCUCCCUCUGCUGGCUGCUUCGUGACCCAAAGCUUCUGUUGGCUGGCAUGCACCGGAACCUCGCAAUAUUUGAUCUGAGAAACACAAGCCAGAAGACAUUUGUUAAUACAAAAGCCAUCCAGGGAGUGACAGUCGAUCCACACCACCAUGACCGUGUGGCUUCCUUCUUUGAGGGCCAGGUGGCCAUCUGGGAUCUGAGGAAGUUUGAGAAGCCUGUGCUCACGCUCACUGAGCAGCCGAAACCACUCACUAAGGUGGCUUGGUGUCCAACUCGAACCGGCCUUCUGGCCACACUGACACGUGACAGCAACAUCAUCCGCCUUUACGACAUGCAACACACUCCCACACCCAUCGGUGAUGAGACGGAGCCCACCAUCAUUGAGCGAAGCGUGCAGCCUUGUGAAAGCCAGAUCGGCAGCUUCGCUUGGCACCCGUCCUCUCAGAACCGUAUGGUGGUGGUGUCGGCAGCCAACCGGGUCAUGACCGACUUCACCGUGUUCGAGCGCAUCUCGCUGGCUUGGAGCUCAACCACCUCACUCAUGUGGGCGUGCGGCAGACACCUGUAUGACUGUGUCGAGGACGGAGCUGAUGGAGUGGAGAGCGCAAUUGAGAAAGACAUCGCCACUAAGAUGAGGCAGAGGGCUCAGUCCAGGUACGGGCACGAUACCGUGCAGGUGUGGAGGAACCACCUGCUGGCUGGAGCGAACGACCCCCAGCUCAAGUCCUUGUGGUAUGACCUGUUCUAUAUGAAGCAGUGUGCAGAGGAUAUGGAGCUGAAACUGCAGGGGAACAAACAGUCUGUUGUCUAUUCUGGUAUCAAGAACAUUGUCAAGACCAGCUCAGGCACAACAGAGAGCCGCCGGUGCUGGAGCGGCUCGGACCGCCAGACAGAUGUGCUGCGCUACCACAGCGAGGAGCGCUGCCUUGCCCUGCGGCUCUGCGGAUGGAUCAGUCGUGGCCCAGAAAUCGACGUGGAGACCUUCCUGCGAUCGCUGGAGCAGGAACGCGAGUGGGAACGGGCGGCAGCCGUUGCCCUGUUCAACCUGGACAUCCGCAGGGCCAUCCAGAUCCUCAACAAGGGAGCCACUGCUGAGAAGGGUGACCUGAACCUGAAUGUGGUUGCCAUGGCUCUGUCAGGCUACACCGAUGAGAAGUCCUCCCUGUGGAGGGAGAUGUGCAGCUCUCUGAGGCUGCAGCUGAAGAACCCCUACCUCUGUGUCAUGUUUGCCUUUCUCACCAGUGAGCCUGGAGCCUAUGAUGGCGUGCUGUAUGAGAGCAGUGUCGCUGUGCGGGACCGAGUCGCCUUUGCCUGUAUGUUUCUCAGCGAUGCACAGCUGGCACGAUACAUUGACAAACUAACCAAUGAGAUGAAGGAGGCAGGCAACCUCGAGGGCAUCCUGCUGACAGGGCUGAGUAAAGACGGCGUGGAUCUUAUGGAGAGCUACGUGGACCACACUGGAGAUGUCCAGACUGCCAGCUUCUGCAUGUUAAAGGGCUCCCCAGGUGAAGUGUUGAAGGACCCGCGAGUCCAAUGCUGGAUAGAAAACUACCGCAACCUGCUGGACGCCUGGAGAUUCUGGCACAAACGGGCUGAGUUUGACAUCCACAGAGGCAAAAUGGACCCCAGCUCCAAACCGCUAGCCCAGGUGUUUGUGAGUUGCAACUUCUGUGGGAAGUCCAUCUCCUACAGCUGCUCGGCGAUGCCUCACCAGGGCCGCGGCUUCAGCCAGUACGGUGUCAGCGGCUCACCCACCAAGUCAAAGGUCACCAGUUGCCCUGGCUGCAGGAAACCGCUGCCACGCUGUGCCCUCUGCCUCAUGAACAUGGGCACACCUGUAUCCAAUUGCCCAGGAACAGGGAAAUCUGAUGAGAAGGUGGACUUGACAAGGGAGAACAAACUUGCUCAGUUCAACAACUGGUUCACCUGGUGUCACAACUGUCGACAUGGCGGCCACGCUGGCCACAUGCUCAGCUGGUUCAGAGACCACACAGAGUGCCCAGUGUCAGCUUGUACAUGUAAAUGCAUGCAGCCGGACACCACAGGAAACCUGGUGCCUUCAGACAGCAGCUAAACAGGAGGAGCCUGGCGGACUCUGAAGCCAAACACCAGCCCAAGGCCGACCAGCGCAGGUUCACGGCUUCACCCGCCAUGCUGUCAACUGGGCAAGGGACAAAGGGUGACAACGGUGUCCUUCUCCGAAAAAGCGGCUGCUUGAAUAGAAUUAAAAUACUGUUAAGUAUAGUCUAGUGAAUGUAAUGUUGUAAACAGAGCCUGAUAUGAAGAAGGGACUAAAUGAUGACUAAAUGACACAAUGAAAGAAAGGGAGCAAAUGAAGACUCACUGCUUUGCUAAUCAAAGUCCCACUCAGGAGAAAUACAAGAGGCCCUGCUGUAAUCAGCCUCUUCCAAUCUAACCUGAAUCAGGCUUAUGAUCUAUAAAAAAAAAAUCAAAUGUCUAGUCACACAUCAGGUUGUAAAGAUGUAUACACAGGUGCCAAUAUGUCUGAGCUAUAUUUUGUUGCUUGUGUUUUAAUACACUAUUUAACGUCAUGUUCUUCUUAUGAAAGGAUUUUCACAUACCUCAUGAAAGCAUUGUUCGGGGUGAGGGAUGUUACCCUGGGUGACGAGGCGGAGUGUAGUGCACAAUAACAAAACUCCCUUGCUCUCUUAAAGUUCCUCUCUGCCACUGUUCAUCUGGCAUUGUGAGGGAGGCUUCCAGUGUGAGGGGUAGGUUUGGGGGGAGAGGAUGUGGAAUUGGAGAAGGUCGGGGUGGCGAGCGAGAAGGAGGAGGAAUGGGUGGGAGGGUGCCUCUGUAUUCAGCAGCCCACUCCAGGCCUGUGGCCCAUGAAAGAAGCUCCCCAGAAAACAGCAGCUGCUCGGCACUCUGACAAGACCCUCCAGAUUGUUCCCCUCAUAAAGAACCUCAGCUGCCGGAACACUAUUGACUCAAAGAGAGGGUGAGGGAACAGACAGCCUGAGCCCGUAAGCCCCCCCCCCCCCCCCCCCCCACACACCCUGUGACAUACACAGACUUGCCCUCUCUUUCUUUCUCCAUCACUCUGGUGCCCAAAUUGCACCCAAAAACUAUGCAUACCACACAUCAAUCCAAGGAUGGGCGCCGUCUGUGGGGGGACUGCCGUGUGUAAGCCGCAUUGUAAAUGGUUUUUUUUCUCUUUCUCUGCCACCCUCCCUGCUCUGUCACUAACCCAGAGAGGCAUUGUAAGUGAGAGGCGGCUAAAUCACUUAGUCAUGGAGUAGGGAGGAGUGGGGGGGGGCGCACAAGAGCUACUGUAUGCUGCUUUCACCAGGAUCUCUUCCCGUUGUGGGAGGUUUUAUAGGCCUGCAUGCCCUUUUGUGAACUAUUUUGGAGUGGAGCUGACAAAUUGGCGAGCCGUGUAGCGUCCUGAAAAACAGAGUGGCUGGAAUUUCAUCCAUUCAGUGUGUUCUUGUGUUUGCCUUUUAAAAUAAAUUCCGACUGACUAAUUGGA